UCCGGAAUGCGCUUUGACUUCGCCCGCAGCUGAGCGAGUCAAUCCUGGAAGGCCCGCUCCCAUAAAAGCCCAUCGCCGCCUGCCCCUCAGCCCCUGCCACCCAACUGCCUCGCCCACUUAAACGCAACCGCCGCCCACACGCGGAAAAGUGACGACGAGCGCCACCGCCGCCUCGCGUGCGCGGAGAUCGAAGUGCCCGAGGAACCAACCAGAAAAGAUGGAGCUCGCGGCAGGGAGGCGAGGGGUCUCCCCGCGCGGCGCGGCGCUCGUGGCGCUCCUCUUCGCCGUCGCCGCCACCGCCGGGGCGUCCGGCGCCGACGACUUCUUUUCCCCUCUCGCCCCGAUCUUCGCCCCCGUCAUCAACUCGAUCUGCAGCACGGUGACCUGCGGGAAGGGGAACUGCACGGUGGCGCCGGGGACGCUGGGCUACCGGUGCGAGUGCGACCCGGGCUGGACGCAGCUCCACGUCGGCGACCACCUCAGGUUCCUGCCAUGCGUCAUCCCCAACUGUUCCAUUGACAGUUCGUGUUCCAAUGGUUCGCCAGCACCCGCACCGACGCCUUUGCCACCACCUAAAAACUUCUCGCUCGACCCUUGUGAAUUAGCAUACUGUGGCACCGGAGGCACAUGCAGGAACGGUUCUGGUCUCAGCUACCACUGUGAGUGCAAGGAGGGUUACAGCAACCUUCUCAACAUGACCACAAUGCCUUGCUUUCAUAACUGCUCCAUCGGUGCAGAUUGCUCAAGAAUUGGGAUCCUCCCCUUCUCAAACUCUUCCAGCAAGUCCCCUGCACCACCUGGCUCGGAAAGCAUUUCUAACAAUGGCAAUGUAGCAGCACCAGGAUCCAUUUCACAGAGAAUUCUACUGCCACUGCUGGUGGUGGUCUCACUGGCCGUCGGUCAGGCAAUAUAGAUCGAGGAUUGAGCAUCUCACGGUAGCUCUAGACUGUUUUUAUCCACGGGACAGGAUUGAGUUGAUAGCCUGUUACUGUUAGAGAUACGCUCUUGGAAUGUGCUAUACUGGCAUACUGCUGCAUGGUUACAUUUGAUAGUUGAUUUCCAUUGUAGGAGAUUUAGAGACUUCAUCAGUUUCUGUCGAUAUGGAAUAAAAGUUUCUGUGAAUAAUGUAGUAAA